AUGGGUGGGAGUGGGCGAGGGAAUUACACUGUUUUGGAGGGCUGGAUAAUUGGCGAUCCGGAUAAGCUUCUUGAGUCCCUACGGGAUCAUCUCACUGAGGCUGGUGGGAUUCGAGAGAAAUCUAUAUCUGAGUUGGUUUCUCUAAUGCACAAUACCAACGGGAAACUCGUCCCGAAGUGCAUAUCUCUAUGUAUUAUAUCGGCUUCGGAGCUGUCUGUGCAAUCCCUAUUGUGCGACACUGACGCGUGGGACAUCCUUUUGAAAUGGCUCCAAGAAUCCUUAAAGGAGGAAAACUUCUCCUUUUUGGUUGAGUUGAUGCAGGUUUACCAUGACUUGCCUGUCACUUUGGAGCAGCUCACGCGGAACGUUUGUCCAAAGUUGAUAAAUUCUCUGUCGAAGAAGUCUGACAAUGAAGGUGUGCGCUUACUUGCGGCGGAAAUAGUAAAGAAGUGGAAAGGUGUCAUUAAUAGGAACUCCCGCAAGGAUAGUACAGAGGCACAGGUGAAGAAGCGGAAGCUAGAGUCAACCAAGAAAGACGUGUCUUCUCGUGAUCUGUCAUCUGCGUCCAAGGAGGUGAAGAGGCGGAGGUCUACUGUCAAGGUCCCACCUACUGUGAUGCGAACUGCUGGCAUUGAGGAGGCCAGUGAUCAAGUCGUACCAAAAUCUAGGUCAGAGGUGUUAGCAAAGAAGAGGUAUAUUGUCUACUUUUACAAUGGUUCGUGUAGUAAAAUGGAAAUAGAGAAGGCGGAACCGGUUGGGCCUAUCGAGUCUUUCCACCAGAAGAUAACGGUUACUCCCACGGAGCCCAAGAAAUCACCUCAUGAGAUUCAUGAGAGUUUCAACUUUAUAAAUGCUCUUGCCAACUCGCAGCCGGUAGUUCGAAAAAAGCGCAAGGUUUGCAAAGUUGAUCCGUUAGGUAACUCUUCUGAAUCGGCACCGGAAUCCGAGGAGCCAAAAGGGGCGUCUUUUGAGUCGAUUAGUUCGGAGACUCAAGAGUCGAAGCUAUUCUCAGAUUCUGAAUCUCAAAAGAAGCCAUCCAUCACUAGUUUCGUUACUUUUGCCGUCGACAAGAAGCCCAGGAAGCGCGUUACUUGGGCUCCCGAAGAGUCGCUGCAGCAGAUAAGCUAUUUUGAGGUCGAUGACUCCGAAAGAGUUAACGUGACCCGAGUCUCUUUGGCGGAAAUUCGUCAGAAGGAACAUUCUCUUGAACGUCAACUUUUUAAACGGCACGAGGAAAUUGAAAUUAAAGAUGCCAAAGUAUGGUCCCUUGUUGUAGGUCCUAUCACAAAGCGUCCUAUGUGGUAUCCUCCAGUUCCCCUAGAAUUAACCCUGUCGGUCGAACCAGGUUGCAAGUCUGUUGAGCGUCAAGUUCAGUUGGAUCGGGAACGAUUUGUUCUUCAGGCUAUUUAUUUCACCCGUGAGAGUAUACCGUUUUCCCCUGAGGAACCUGAAAAAGAGGAAUUUGAGGCCAAAUUGGCUGUUGAAAUCCCGUUAGAAGAUUUACACGCCAAGGAUCUUCUGGUAGUUAAUGACAAGGGUGAUGGGAAUUCUCAAAUGUCCCUUAACCCAGAAGUUGCCAAUCUCGUUAAAUCGCUUGUCCUGAAUUUCAAUCAGGACAACACCAAACCUUCAACGCAGUCCAGUCAGUUGGCCCCUGUAUCAACUACAGCAGUUUCUCCGACGGGUUCUUUUAAUCAGACUUCUAGCAUGAACACGUCUCCUGACCAUAUUUCUGGUUAUGGAAGUCAAGAUCACAGCGAAGGUCCAAUACGCCCUGACAUUGGACCCAGGAUGCCGGGUCCUCCUUUCAUGUCGGGGGAGCGUUGCCCUCCUCCACACAAUGGUAUGCGACCUCGUGGACCUCCGAUGCGGCCACCAUUGGGUCCUGGAGGCCCCAUGCCCUAUCGCCAUCCUCAGUAUGCUCCUUCAGAUGUCCCUCCACCGCGCUUUGCUAGGGGUCCCAUGCCUCCACCUCCGUUCCGUGGCCCCCCACCCUCUAUGUACGGCGGGGGCAGACCCCCAAUGAAUGGGCCUUGUAGUGGCGGGGGGCGACGGGGCGGUCGUGUAGAGCAGGUGUGCAAAUUCUUCCAACAGGGUAAUUGCCGAAACGGAAGUAACUGCCACUUUCUCCAUCCUGGAUAUCAAUCAUCGAAUUGGUGA